GCUGGAGGAGAUUGCCUGACCUGUCCUUCAGCGCGGGACUUUCGGCGGGUCCCAGCCGGGCCGACCCGAGUGCCUGCGGCGGAGACGGCAGUGGAGCCAGUAACGGCUGCAGUGGCCGUGGCGGGAGAAUUAUGUCAGAGCCGCAGCCGCGGGGCGCCGAGCGCGAUCUCUACCGGGACACGUGGGUGCGAUACCUGGGCUAUGCCAAUGAGGUGGGCGAGGCUUUCCGCUCCCUUGUGCCCGCGGCAGUGGUGUGGCUGAGCUACGGCGUGGCCAGCUCCUACGUGCUGGCGGAUGCCAUUGACAAAGGCAAGAAGGCUGGAGAGGUGCCAAGCCCUGAAGCAGGCCGCAGCGCCAGAGUGACAGUGGCUGUCGUGGACACCUUUGUAUGGCAGGCUUUGGCCUCUGUGGCCAUUCCAGGCUUCACCAUCAACCGCGUGUGUGCCGCCUCUCUCUAUGUCCUGGGCACUGCCACCCGCUGGCCCCUGGCUGUCCGCAAGUGGACCACCACCGCGCUUGGGCUGUUGACCAUCCCCGUCAUUAUCCACCCCAUUGACAGGUCGGUGGACUUCCUCCUGGACUCCAGCCUGCGCAAGCUCUACCCAUCAGUGGGAAAGCCCAGCUCCUCCUGACCACAUGCUGGUACCUGGCCUGUGCAUCGGCCUCCUCCUGCUUCAUGUCAAUCAACCUCCCACUCCUGCCAGGGGAUGUGGAUGCCUGACUCCCUGGGGUACAGAGACCCUGGCACCUGAGUGGUUUUGAGCCACAUGGAAGCUUAGAGACAAAAGCUUCAAGAAGCAGUGGCUGCAGUGAGUCACAGACAGGCAGGACCCGAACCCUGACUGCUUCCCUAGAAUCCAUGAUACUGACUGGAAAUGGACCCUGGGUGGGCCUGGCCCUGUCUUUUGACAGGAAAGUUACAUCCUCCCAUGGAGGAUGAGAGACUGAGGCUCAGGGAGGGCAAAGUAUAGGCCCAAGAUCGCUGGGCAAGCUGGGCACCCAGGUGCUUGAUGGAGUCACCCCACGGUGGCACAGCUGGACAAGGAGCAGCAGACAACUCAGGGAGAAACUCAGGAGUGCAGCAGCAGGGACACCUCAGGACAGAUUCUCAGGCCCUUCCCUGACCCAAUAAAUCCUGAAGAAGUUG